GAUCAAAAAUGCACAGGACACGUUCCGUUUCUUCCAUUUUUGAUCUGAUCCAUCAUUUCGAAUCAUUCAAGAUGUCAAACUAUACAACAGCCGAUGAAAAUGCAGCAGAUAUCGCUUUGCUAAAAUCAAAAUUCGCUUUCCAUCAAGAUUUCCCAAAGAAAGGAAUUUAUUUCUGUGAUGUUUUCCCGGCUUUUCGUGAUCCACUCACGUUGGAAUUACUCAUAACUCAUUUCGUAUCUCACAUUUUCAACGUUACAAUUCCAAAAUUAGCAAAAGGUGGAAAGAUUGAUACCGUUGUUGGAUUAGACGCAAGAGGAUUCUUGAUCGGUCCAAUCAUUGCUUCACGUUUGGGAGCAGCUUUCGUCCCUGUUCGUAAAGCUGGUAAAUUACCCGGUAAAUGCGCAAAAGCUUCUUAUGCAAAAGAGUAUGGAGAGGAUGUCUUUGAAAUUCAAUCCGAUUCUAUCGCAAAAGGUGCAAAUGUUAUUGUUGUAGAUGAUCUCAUCGCUACCGGUGGUUCAGCAAAAGCAGCCGGUGAAUUGGUUCAACAAUUAGGUGCAAAGACAUUGGAAUACCUCUUCAUCGUCGGUGGCUCCAACUUGAAUGGUGCCGCUAAGCUCGAUGCACCAGCAUACAGCCUGGUCGACAUUGAACUUUAAAUCUGAAAUUCACCCUCCCUGCCAUGUUCAACACAUACACCACAACUUUGUACUACCAUGUAUCUCUACUAGAUCUGUCCCAAAGCAUUUAAAGUCUAUCGGCAUUUCAUUUUGAAUAACCUCUACGCUGACAGAACUUUACGAGCGGCAUCUCUUGUUGCUUUGAGACCAAGGUUGGAACCAGCAUAUGCUUUGUUCAGUAACAAAUCCGUAACCAUUGCAUCAACCGCUUCA